AUGGAUCUCGAACACCGCAUUAGGGCCUAUCGCUUCGUCGCUUAUUCGGCUGUUACAUUCUCUGUUGUUUCCGUAUUGUCGGUAUGCAUCACUCUUCCAAUGGUGUACAACUACGUCCACCAUGUCAAAAAAAUCAUGCAUAACGAGAUUAACUUUUGCAAAGGAUCUGCUAAGGAUAUCUGGAGCGAAGUAAACAAUCUUAAGAACCUCCCAUCCGGAAACAGAACCGCACGUCAUAGCGGAUACGCAAGCGGUGACAUCUCUAGAGGAGGUGGUGGAGGUGGUGGAAGUGGAGGAGGAAACUGUAACUCUUGCUGUCUUCCUGGACCCGCUGGUCCUACUGGAACUCCCGGAAAGCCUGGUCGGCCAGGAAAGCCUGGGGCGCCGGGUUUGCCAGGUAAUCCAGGACGACCACCGCAGCAACCAUGCGAACCGAUCACACCACCACCGUGUAGGCCUUGCCCGCAAGGACCACCAGGACCACCUGGAUUGGCGGGGCCACCCGGAGACGCCGGAGCACCAGGUAAUCCUGGUGCGCCCGGAAGUGGCGGACAACCUGGACCGCCAGGACCUAAAGGACCUCCUGGAGCAAGUGGCAAACCAGGUGCUGCUGGAUCUCCUGGACAAGCUGGAGCACCUGCCAUCUCUGAACCACUUGUGCCCGGACCCCCAGGAGCGCCCGGAGCUCCAGGACCUCGAGGACCUCCUGGACCCGAUGGACAACCUGGGCAACCUGGUGGCCCUGGUCAGCCAGGACCGAAAGGACCCAUGGGACCGAACGGACAACCCGGAGCAGCCGGAAAUCCAGGCGUUCCUGGACAAGCUGGUCCGCCAGGAUCAGCAGGAGAACCAGGAAUCUGCCCCAAGUAUUGUGCCAUCGACGGCGGAGCCUAUCGCUUUGUCGCCUAUGCGGCUGUCACUUUCUCAGUGGUUUCUGUACUGUCAGUGUGCGUCACCCUACCAAUGGUGCAUAACUAUGUUCACCAUGUUAAAAGAACCAUGCAUAACGAGAUUAACCUUUGCAAAGGAUCUGCCAAAGACAUUUGGAGUGAAGUAAACCAGCUUAAAAACCUACCCUCCGUAAACAGAACCGCUCGACAGGCUGGAUAUGGUGACCUUGACGUCUCCAGAGGAAACACCAAUCUUGGAGGAAACUGUAAUUCCUGCUGCCUACCCGGACCUGCAGGACCACAGGGAACACCUGGAAAACCCGGCCGCCCAGGAAAACCUGGAGCGCCGGGCUUGCCGGGUAACCCAGGUCGACCGCCACAGCAGCCAUGUGAACCGAUCACACCACCACCGUGCAAGCCAUGUCCUCAAGGGCCACCAGGACCACCUGGUUCACAAGGACCACCUGGAGAUUCUGGAGUACCCGGUUCACCCGGUGCACCUGGACAACAAGCUGCCCCUGGUCAACCUGGACCUAAAGGACCACCUGGACUUCCUGGAAAGCAAGGCCCUCCGGGUGCCAGCGGUCAACCUGGAGUGCCUGCUGCUUCCGAACCUCUUGUUCCUGGACAGCCUGGACCGGCAGGACAACCUGGACCGCAAGGACCACCUGGACCACCAGGCAGUCCUGGCUCACCUGGAGGACCUGGUCAGCAAGGACCUAAGGGCCCACCAGGAGCCGAUGGCCAGCCUGGAGCUGACGGAAAUCCUGGGGCUCCUGGAGAACAAGGGCCGCGUGGUGGUGCUGGAGAGCCAGGUAUUUGUCCGAAGUAUUGCGCUCUUGAUGGUGGAGUUUUCUUUGAAGACGGUACUCGUCGUUAA